UCAUGAAGUGACAAAAAACUGUCAAAAUUCAUAUACCAAGCCCGCAUUGGUGAUAAAUGCGCAGACGAUAUCUUACAUCGUACUCAAUGAAAUGACACACUGUAUGAAAUGUUAAAUAUAGAUCAGAAAGCACCGAACAGGACGGCGCCAAAUAGGCUAGUGUGCGCAGGCAGGUAAUCGGCUUACACCUCCGACAAACACACACGAGCUCAUCAUGUACUGUCCCUGCUCAACACUAAAUGCUUCAUUUAACGUCCUGGUCUGACUCUCAUUCACAAUGCCGCUCUUUAUUAAUCGAGACCAGAUUUUUGCACAUCAAGUCCAUCUUCUAGAGCACAAACUACGGAGUAAAGAGGAGCGUAUUUUGGAGUUGGAAACAGAGAACGCUCUUCUUCAUCUGAGACUCGCUGAGUGUCUGGGUAAACUCCGCGAUGAGAGGGAGGAGAAAAUCCAUGUCCAGAGGCAGAAACAUCAGCAGCAGAGGAAAGUGCAGAAGUCCACAAACGUAGCUCUCUCCAGACUUCUGUCUGAAGUUCAGGUUCUGAAACAGGACUUGAAGGAUGUCUUUGCCAUCUAUGUGGGGUUUGCCAAAGAGCUGGAGGAACAGAGCAAGCAGCUGUUUGAAUGUGUGGGCACUGCCAGAAAUGCUGUUCAGCAUGUCCAAAGGGAUGACGUUCAGAAGCUCCGUAUUCAGCUGACAGCACUUGAAGGCUCUUUACAGGAAGAGAAGGAGAGGUGCAGAGAGGAGCGUCUGAGGAGGAGGCUGCUCCACAACACCCUGGUUGAGCUAAGGGGGAAUAUCAGAGUUCACUGCAGGCUGCGUCCAGUCCUACACUUCGAUCACAUCCCAGGAUCGCCCACAACCAAUGGAUCUUCAUCUUCGUGUGAAGCAGUAGUGCAGGCGGUCAAUGAUGACUCUGUUUUUGUGAACUGCACCAAAACCUCCAGUCCUGCGAUGAGCAAAGUAUUCGAGUUUGAGAGAGUUCAUGGUCCAGAAGACAGCCAAGAGACUGUGUUUGCAGAGGUGAAACCCCUUCUAACAUCCCUACUUGAUGGGUAUAAUGUGUGUAUCAUGGCCUAUGGCCAAACAGGCAGUGGAAAGACACACACAAUGAUUGGCUCUGAGGAUCCUACAGCUGCAGUGCAGGACUCUCAACAGGGCAUCAUUCCAAAAGCAGCCAAUGAGCUGUUCAAGCUGAUCUCUGAGAAGCCAGCGGACAGUCAUACGGUGGAGAUGUCAGUGGUGGAGGUCUAUAAUAAUGAAGUUAUGGACCUUCUGGCCAGAGAUGAGGAUGGGGUGACAGUUGGGGUAAAGAGAGAAGUCAUCACCACCAGCACAGGCACCAGCGAGGUGCCCUGCCUAACAUAUGAGUUGGUGCGGAGCUCUGCAGAGGUAAUGCAGCUGAUCAAUUCUGUGUUAAAACUAAGAUCUCACAGUCCCACCCUGGUGCACAUGGACUCCUCCAGAUCUCAUUUCAUCGUCACUCUCACCGUCACCUCCAAAAGCCCAGAUGCACUGGCUCUAGCCCGUCGUCUGCAGAACGCCCGACAGGAUGUCCAGCGGGUGUCUCAGAAGGAGUGGUGGAGCCCACGCUGCCGCAGGGCCGCUUCCUCACGCUCGUCUAGCCCCGCCUCCUCGCCGUGCCACUCCCCCUCCCACUCACCAUGCCCCUCCCCCCGACCCAGCAUCACACAGCCCCCCAUCAAAACCAAGCUGCAGCUGGUGGACCUGGCUGGGAGCGAGUGCGUAGGGAUGUCAGGUGUGACCGGUGCGGCUCUGUGGGAAAGCUCCUGUAUAAACCGCAGUCUCUCUGCUUUGUCUGAUGUUCUGGGAGCUCUGGCUGAAAGACGACCUCAUGUACCCUACCGCAACAGCAAACUAACACAUCUACUACAGGACGCCAUAGGAGGGGAUGCCAAGCUUCUGAUAAUGCUGUGUGUAUCUCCCACUCAACGCUUCCUCACCGAAUCUCUUCAGUCCCUGGGGUUCGGUGCCCGAGCCAGACAGGUUCAGAGAGAGCCGCCACGCAGGAAAAACACGGCUCUGAAGAUGAAGUAACCAACGGGGAGAUCCAUUUGAUAGCUGCUUGUGUGUUUUCAUUUGUACGAAUUUUGGUCACAGGUUUAUGGUGCUCAGGUCAUGUUGAAAGUUGCAGUGCUUUGUAACAACACUUUAGGGUUAUGUUUAUGUUCAUAGUUAAUAUGUGUCAGUGAUUUGAUUCAGUAUUGUAAUUUUUGACAAUCUCUUGCACACUGGGGAUGUUCCUCUGAUAAAAUGUUUACAGGUUUUUGUGUCUAGUGUGAGUGGAAUACUUCAGAUUAUGUGUGUCUGCAAUUAACCAUUAGUCUGUACUAAAAUAUUUUUGUGGUGAUGAAUAACGUAUGGCUUUUAAAGUAACAGUGUUUGCAACCUAACUCUAGUUGACCUUAUUUGCAGCAAAAUAACGCCUUUCCAGUGUAUCACGAUUUAUGAAUGUUCAAAAAAAGCUUUAAAUUUAAUAAAAUUUACAGUAAAUCA